CGCCGCCUCCUCAGCCUUCGCCUCAGCCGCCGCCGCCGCCCGCUCCCGCCCGCGCGCGGCGGGAUGGACGAUCAAUCCAGGAUGCUGCAGACUCUGGCCGGGGUGAACCUGGCGGGCCACUCGGUGCAGGGGGGCAUGGCCCUGCCGCCUCCCCCGCACGGCCACGAAGGGGCGGACGGCGACGGCAGGAAGCAGGACAUCGGCGACAUCCUCCACCAGAUCAUGACCAUCACCGACCAGAGCUUGGACGAGGCGCAAGCAAAGAAACAUGCUCUGAACUGUCACAGAAUGAAACCCGCGCUCUUCAGCGUCCUGUGUGAGAUCAAAGAGAAAACAGGUCUCAGCAUCAGAGGAGCCCAGGAGGAGGACCCUCCCGAUCCCCAGCUAAUGAGACUGGACAAUAUGCUUUUGGCAGAAGGGGUUUCAGGUCCUGAGAAAGGUGGGGGAUCGGCGGCAGCAGCUGCAGCCGCAGCAGCCUCUGGAGGUUCUUCAGAUAACUCUAUUGAACACUCAGAUUACAGAGCCAAAUUGACCCAGAUCAGACAAAUCUAUCACACAGAACUGGAGAAAUAUGAACAGGCAUGUAAUGAAUUCACUACACACGUGAUGAACCUUCUCCGAGAGCAGAGUAGAACACGUCCCAUUUCCCCAAAAGAGAUUGAAAGAAUGGUGGGCAUCAUCCAUCGAAAAUUUAGUUCCAUUCAGAUGCAGCUCAAACAAAGCACUUGUGAAGCAGUUAUGAUUUUAAGAUCAAGGUUCCUUGAUGCCAGACGAAAAAGGCGUAACUUCAGUAAACAGGCCACAGAAAUCUUGAAUGAAUACUUUUACUCACACCUCAGCAACCCCUACCCCAGUGAAGAAGCCAAAGAGGAGCUGGCCAAGAAAUGCAGCAUCACAGUGUCACAGGUAUCCAACUGGUUUGGCAACAAACGAAUCAGGUACAAGAAGAAUAUCGGCAAGUUUCAGGAAGAAGCCAAUCUCUACGCUGCAAAGACAGCCGUGACAGCUGCACACGCAGUGGCCGCAGCCGUGCAGAACAACCAGACCAACUCGCCCACCACGCCAAAUUCUGGUUCUUCUGGUUCUUUUAACCUCCCAAAUUCUGGGGACAUGUUCAUGAACAUGCAGAGUCUGAAUGGGGAUUCUUACCAAGGGUCCCAAGUCGGAGCCAAUGUGCAGUCACAGGUGGAUACCCUCCGUCAUGUUAUCAAUCAGACGGGAGGCUACAGUGAUGGCCUUGGAGGAAACUCACUGUACAGUCCACAUAAUUUAAACGCUAAUGGAGGCUGGCAGGACGCAACAACUCCAUCUUCUGUGACUUCUCCUACAGAAGGCCCAGGAAGUGUGCACUCUGAUACCUCUAACUAAUCUCUGGCAACACUUUUCCCUGAGCUGACAUGCCUUGAUAAGUGCAUUCAGAGCAAUAGGAGGAAAAGGAAAGCGUUUUUGUAGCCCACCAUCUACAGCUUUACUGUAAAACCUUGUCUUAUUAGAGAACUUGGUAAAUCUGUUUUUUAAGGAAUCAUAAUCAUUUGUAUUUAUACUUAAAAACACACAAUGUUAAAAAAGCACUUUAUCCAAUUAGGCCAAGAUUUAACAUUGUUGACAGUCCUAUAGCUAUUUUAUCAUAAUUUAUUAUCAAUAUUUUACAUUAAUGGUUUCUCACUUGCCAAUUACUUGGCCUUAAGGGUAAAAAGUACAAUAUAUGCUAAACCUCAAUAACUAAAGCAGAUACAAAGACUCACCUCACCUAAAUUGAACUUCUUGCAUAUUUCCAUUGCAGACUUUGAUUGUCCUUCUUUCAUAUCACUAAUGGAGUUGGAAUAAAGGAGCUGUUUGGCUACCUGUUAA